AAUUCAGUUUGGUACUCUGCGCGGCAACUAAGCUCAAAACCACCCGUGCCUCUAAAAUUCCCCAAUCUUAUCUCCCACCGCACCACAGCUCCUUAUCCUCUGGUUCUCCAACGUAUGAACACGAUGAUUUCAGGCGGCGGCGCAUCCACAUAGUCUCACUGCUUCCGGCUCCCCGAUCCUCAUUCUUGCAUCUUCAUUCUUCGGCCUAGUUGAGCGACGAUGGCAGACGGCGGUCCUCUACUUCUGGCGAGAAGCGGCAGGGCAGGUGCCGGGGACGUGCCCCGCAAGGAGGCGAGAGCUGUUGGGGCCUGCUGCUGGCCUGGGACGAUGACCGAUGGCUACUGCAUCCAGCUGCUAGGGCCGGCCAAGGGAGGUUGGAAAGGGCCGCCGUGGAGCGCGCAGCAGCUCUGUCACAGCGCCCGAGCGCCGACAUGCAGUCCAUUAGUGCGACCAAAGGUAUGCAGUGGCUGGUCAACUAACCCAAGAAAGAUAUGUAAAUAGCUUUGGAGUAGUUUUUUGGAGCUUUUGAUAGGUAGAAUGCCUGCGGACCAUAAUGCCUAGAGGCUAGCAGAGCCUGGUAACUUGGUUAUGUUCACUUGAUAAUUUAGUGCCAGAGGGUCUAUGUUAAACCUGUAUGGUUUACACAACUCUUAAAUGGGCAGAUUGUAGAUGGCAAAGAUAGCCACCUGCAGCAGAACGUCCAUGUGCACAACAAGCAACAGAUGGAUAAUGAGGGAGGCAUGGAAGAAGGUAGUCCAGUCACAGUGCCAAUUCCCACUUAGCCUCUGAAAACAUAUAAACUUCUCUGAACCAGUUGGCAUAUAAAUUUCAUCAACCAAUUUGCCAAUGUUGUGGUGCCUGAUCGUUUGCCCUGAUGUUUUUUAUGCUUGUGCUAGAAAAUUAUCCUACUCUUA